CUGCAAGAACAAAGGAAGGCGUGGCUCAGCUGUGCGCGCGCGCGCACACCGGCCUAGCCUAGCCUCGCCGCGAGUGUUCUUCCGCCCACGUACGUAAUUUGACCUUUCACCCCCCAAACAGCGCAGAGACGGGCACGCCCUCUUUUACGACGGAGCAGAAACUGGCAGCAGAGAAAACAAGGCACCACCAGCCCCCGCGCAGUACGUGCAGAGUUACCAGUCCCAGUGUGAAGUGUGUUGCUGGGAGAUGGAGGAGGAGAGGGAGGCGGUGGAGGGAGUCAAACUCCAUAGGAAGGGCCGAGUCAUGAAGGCUCAGUCCGUCCAGUCGGAGGACGAUGUCUUCUUGUUCCAGGGAGGAGGCAGAUCAACUGGGAUUGUGAAAUUCCUGGAGCCACUCAGUCCUCUCCUCAACUACUUUGAGUGUGUGAUAGUCAACAAGGGGAGGGACACGGCAAUUGGAGUGGGGUGCGGGGAACGGAGUUACCCCAUGACCCGCAUGCCUGGCUGGAACAGAAACAGCUGUGGUUACCAUGCCGACGACGGGAAGCUGUACCACGAGAGUGGAAUGGGACGGGCGUUUGGUCCACAGUGUACCACCGGUGACCGCAUGGGAUGUGGAGUGACCUUUGACACUGGGCUGGACCGGGGGAUGGUGGAGGUGUUCUUCACCAAGAACGGUAACCAGGUGGGGGAGGUGGAGAGGAUGAAGAGACCACUCAAUGGGGUAUACCCUCUCAUCGUUGAGCCAGAUUGUGGGUGAUUUUCCCGAGGUGCCGCGUUUCUUUCCACACCCAGUCCACCAUGGCUGCACAGUGUGGGGGAGAAGGUGCGCUACCUCGGUCACUGGAGAAGGACUGCAGACGGAGCCACGGAGCCAAUGGAGGAGGACGAAUCUCCCGAGAACAGAUGGCUGCGUUGUAACGGUGUGAGGUUCCUCGACAACGGACUACUGCUGGAGUAUGCGGGGAUGGGGGGAGGGGUGCAGGACGUGGGGAUAGCGCAGUCACGCUACCCUGUGAAUCGCACCAACCACUACUUUGAGAUCGAGAUAGUCGAGGAGGGGUCCCUGGGGGCCGUUGCUAUUGGACUCGGGAAGACCACCUACCCACUCCACCGACACCCCGGGUGGAACACCGGGGGGGUGGGGUACCACGCGGACGACGGAAAACUCUUCAAGGGGCGGGGUCAGGGGGAUCCGUUUGGGCCAAAGUGCACAGCGGGGGACCGGAUGGGGUGUGGGGUACAGUUUGAGCUGGAGGCGGAGGAGGAGGUGGGGUCAGAGAGUGAAGAGAGUGACACGGAACAAGACGUGGAGCUAGAGCGACCGGUACAGCAGAGACUACUGAUGGGAGAUGGCACGGAGAGCGAAGGGUCGGACAUCUCUGAAGAAUCGUACAGUGACGACUCCAUUCUGGGGGACAUGCUGCUCCCAGACCCUUUCCUGAUUCCUCCGGGCCUUGGACGAGGAGGCCCCUUUCGUUUCGGGGGAGGGAGGCGGCCGUUUGGGAGGGAGCAGAUGAUGGAGGCGGCUGUGCUGCGAAGGAUGGCCCAGAGGCAACGGGAGGGAGGGAGAGGGAGAGAAGCAAGACCUGACCGUCGGACCUGCAUCGUCUACUUCACAAAGAACGGAGAGAAAGUGGGGGAAGUGGAUUGCGAGGUACCCCGGGGUGGAUUUUACCCCGUUGUGGCCAUGCUCAGCCAGGGAGAGAAAAUCCGUGUAAACUUCAACCCAUUAACCGGGUAGCCCCUGUGGUUAUAGGUACAUAAAUUAUUAUGCACUAUAAUACGAGUGGUAUAUUUUUAAAUCGUUUUAGCUGUACAUUGUACAUUCACGUUGUUUUUUAUAUCAUAAGAUAAUGUGACAUUGAAUGACACUGAUAAUAAAUAUUGGUUUGACCAUGACAUCAACAUA